GGGAGGAGCGAGAGGAGCCGGGAGAGCGGGCGAGACCAGGAAGGCGCUGUAUGUGGCGCGCACGCGCACGCACACGCACGCACGCCGUCGGCCGGCAGGGCGGCAGGCUCGUGCCCGGGCUCGCGCACUCAGCAGGUUGGGCUGCGGCGGCGGCAGCUGAGGGAGCUCGGGGUGCUGCCUGUGAAAGAUCCCAGACACUUCUGCGGCGCCGGCCCCGCCACCCUCCGCCUGUCUCACUCCAGUCUGGGCACGGAGUGCCAAGGGAAGGAACGGCCCAGCCUCGCGAAGCCGGAGCGCACCGCUGGCUGCCUCCGACACCGCCCUCCUGCCCUUCGCAGCCGCGGGCCUCAGGCGCUCGGUGCUCGGCGACUCUGCGGGGAGGCGGCGGCUACCGGUCUGUGGAGAGUCCUGCGCCCUCCAGCCUUGCUUCUCGGCCCGGUCCUGCAGGGGCCGGGAGAGCUCGGCGCCCGCCCUUCUCCGCGGGUUGGAGCGGUAUCGGUCCGGGAGGUCUCUGGGCUGAGGCGGCGGCAGCUCCUUCGGUUCCAUCAUGUCCGCGGGCGGAGACUUCGGGAAUCCGCUGAGGAAAUUCAAGCUGGUGUUCCUGGGGGAGCAGAGCGUUGGAAAGACAUCUUUGAUCACCAGAUUCAUGUAUGACAGUUUUGACAACACCUAUCAGGCAACUAUUGGCAUUGACUUUUUAUCAAAAACAAUGUACUUAGAGGAUCGAACAAUCAGGCUGCAGCUGUGGGAUACUGCGGGUCAGGAACGUUUCCGUAGCCUCAUUCCCAGUUACAUCCGUGAUUCUGCUGCAGCUGUAGUAGUUUACGAUAUCACAAAUGUUAACUCAUUCCAGCAAACUACAAAGUGGAUUGAUGAUGUCAGAACAGAAAGAGGAAGUGAUGUUAUCAUCAUGCUAGUAGGAAAUAAAACAGAUCUUGCUGACAAGAGGCAAGUGUCAAUUGAGGAGGGAGAAAGAAAAGCCAAAGAACUGAAUGUCAUGUUUAUUGAAACCAGUGCAAAAGCAGGAUACAAUGUAAAGCAGCUCUUCCGACGUGUAGCAGCAGCUUUGCCUGGAAUGGAAAGCACCCAGGACAGAAGCAGAGAAGACAUGAUUGACAUAAAACUGGAAAAACCUCAGGAGCAACCAGUCACUGAAGGAGGCUGUUCCUGCUAAUCUCCCAAGGCAUCUUUAACCCAUCUGCAGAAGCUCACUGCUUUGGCCCCAUUCUGUUUCAUUGACUGCAGUGUGAAUAUUGGCUUAAAUCUUUCCCUUCAGUAAUAACGUGUUGCAAUUCAUCAUUGCUGCCUGUCUCGUGGAGAUGAUCUAUUAGCUUCACAAGCACAAAAAAAAGUCAGUGUCUUCAUUAUUUAUAUUUUUUAAAAAAAGCCAAAAGAUUCCAGCAUAUUCCAGUGAUAACUUCAAAGAUUAGAUACAUUUUCUUAACAUUUCUUCCCUUUUAAUGUUAACGAUAAUGUGCUUUAAAAUGAUGGAAACCUCAACUGUUAUGAGUGUGGCUUGGUUAAGGAGCUGUAUGCUCACAGAGGCAGUCCCUUACCCACUUGACCUCUCCCUGCUUUUCUUACCUUUCCUUUUUCCUAUCCCUGUUUGUACCCUCCCACAAAGCAAACAAGAGACAACGAUUGUCCAACCAAGCCACUAGAAAUACCUUAUGCUUGCUCUAGGCUGUGGGCCAAGAUGUCCAAAACUAUUCUUAAACACUGAUAUAAAUUACUUAGACUUUCUUUGAGGUCAGAACUCAGCUAUUGUGGGCAGUGCUUUGAAUGAGGAAAGGGUUCUGGUGUUAUCUUCAAAAUGAACUGAGAACUUAAAAAUAGGGGAACAUAAAAUGUAUUUGUGACCCUUUUGAAUGUGCUUUAUUAGACUCUGGGAGAGAAAAGUAACCAGGUGCUUCAGAACAGGUUUUUAAUACUUAAUUCCUCAUGAUAAAAUCAUAAAAAGCUAAUGAGAUAUUUCUCCCAAGCCUGUUAAAUUGUCAUGAUAGUUACUCUCUACAUGUGCACAUGCAGUCCCCAACACCAACAUUUACCUUUCUAAGCAAUAGAUAUCACUCAUUUUUAUUUGCUUUUUAAAAAAAUGCUAUGCAGGCAAGGCAUUAUAAAAGACAAAUUCCUUUAAGAAAAACCAGUGGAAGAAUAAAUUUGGCACCAUGGUUAAAAUUACUAUAACUAAUACAAAUAAUGAUAUCUGAAGCUUACCAAUGAAUGAAAAAGAACCCUCACAGUAUAACAAAUACUCUAUACUGGACACUUGAGGUCAAAUUUGAAGGUGGAAAUUUUCUUGUAAGCCCCUAACAGCAGAUUAGAAAAAGCAUAUAUAUAUUGAAGAGGAAAAAGAAUGGAAAUAAAAAGUCAAUAUUACACAGAUUUAUGCCUUAUUUUUUAGCAUUUUUAAAUGUUGGGUCUUUCAGGCUGGUCUUUCCUUUUAUUAGAUCUGUAUAGUUUAGUUAAUAGUGAUUUAGUUUUAUAUUUAAGCUACAAUUAAUCUUUUUGGUGAUAUUUAUUUCUUUUUCUUUUUUAAAAACUUUAAAUUUCUGUGUUUUGUUGAAUCUGUUUAGAGCUUCAUCACCAUGGCAAUAUGUAUUUCUCUUAAAAUAUUGCAAACCAGUAUACUAGGAGUGCACCCUUUUAAUCUUUACUAGUUAUUGUGAGAUUGCUGUGAAAGUUAAUAAACACACUUGUAAAUACAUUGUUUGCAGGGGAAAAACUUCUGAGUUACGGCUCAGAAAAGGCCUGCUGAAUUUAUGUUGUAAGCAUUACUUAACACAGUAUAAAGAUGAAAAGAAAAAUAACUUCAUACUUCCUCAUCUACUCAUUGCAACAAAACCCUUCACUGGGGAAACCUUAUGCCCUAUCUUCCUCUUUGUCCUCCACUUCUCACUUACUGUCACCUUGUAAUAUUCAGAGAGCACUUGGAUUAUGGAUCUGAAUAGAGAAAUGCUUUCAGAAAAUCAUUAGCCCACAUACCCGUAACUUAUACUCAAAGAUGGGAUGGAGUUGUAAAGUGCUUUUAUAAUACAAUAUUAUUGUUAAAAGCAAGGAUUGACUCUUUGGUUUUAUUUUGACCUGGCAUGUCCUGAAAUAAAUAUCCAUUCAAUAUGUCA